GACUGAGCCGCCCAGGCGCCCCGAUAAUAUGAUUAUUUAUUGCCCCUCUGUGCUGCCCCUCCAGCUCCUUCCUGCCGGGCCUCGUGGGCUGGAUCAAUCGCUGCUUCUUCUGGCUCCUGUUCACCAGGAAGAAGGAGAGCAGCAACCUCAGCUACAAGAUAUUCAGCUACGAGUGCCGUUUCAAGCAGCACGUCCAGGACUGGGCCAUCCCCAGAGAGAAGACCAAGGAGGCCUUGCUGGAACUGAAGGCCAUGCUGGAGGCCCACCCCAAGAUGGUGGCCCACUACCCCGUGGAGGUCCGCUUCACCCGCGGGGAUGACAUCCUGCUAAGCCCCUGCUUCCAGAGGGACAGCUGCUACAUGAACAUCAUCAUGUACAGGCCCUAUGGCAAGGACGUGCCCCGGCUGGACUACUGGCUGACCUACGAGACCAUCAUGAAGAAGGUCGGGGGCAGGCCCCACUGGGCCAAGGCCCACAACUGCACCCGGAAGGACUUUGAGAAAAUGUACCCAGCCUUUUCGAAGUUCUGUGCCAUCCGAGAGAAGCUGGACCCCACCGGGAUGUUCCUGAAUGCGUAUCUGGAGAAGGUGUUCUACUGAAGCAGAAAUGAGCCCACCCCAUCUCAUCCCUCAGGCCCACCUCCAGUGAGGCUGAAGGCUCAACGUCCCACGGGCCUGGAGGGGAGCAGACCUCUCUCUGCGGGCCCUCUGCUGCCGACCAACCCCAGCCAUGAGCCUGGAUCUGCGCAGGGCUCCUUGUUUUCCUAAUUUCUAUAUCUUCACAACAACCCCACGCAAAGAGCACCCAAGUCUCCAUGGACUUCAUUUAUAUGCGGCAGUCCCUUUUCCUGAACCUACAGUCACCACAUUCUGUUUUCCCAGAAAAUAGAGAAACCCCAAAAUGUUACGCUUAAGAGGUUGGGGAUUCGGUCAUUCACAGGUUCCGCCUUCCAGCUAGGGGUCUGUGACUCCCGGGCCCCUAAUAACAUGUGUUUGGGCACAGUUGUCGUGUGUACUUCCUCCUACACCUUUGAGGGUUUCUCAAGUGCUCUGGGGCUGCCCUCUUCCAGUUUCUGUCUGUCCACCUGACUUCCAUCACCUGACCUUCAAACGUCUAUUUCAGGGGAUGUGUGGGGAGUGGGCCUACUCCUCGCCUUCUUUAAAUAAAGACCAAGAAUUAUUCACUCUCUG